CGAAAAAAUUGAAACCCCUUCGCCUGGCGUUCAGUUUGCUGUCAACUCUUUGCUUACUAGGAGUGACAGAUUAAGGUACCGGACACACAACAUAUUCUUUAGCAAUCUGCGUUUGCGUACGCACAUAUAUAUAGAUAUAUGUCGUUUGGAUCGUGACUAGGCCGUAUCGGUAGCAAUGUCCACUGCUCUGGCAAUGGCAGCAGCGGCACCAUCGAGUGCCACGGCAGCAGCAGCAACAACGACGACCACUAGCAACACCACCACAAACACCACAGCGUCACCGGCAACAACCACCAGCACCACCGACACCGACACCACUUUGAACACCACCAUUACCAUGACCACACCGAAAGCCACACCAACGGAAGGAUUAGGAGCACUGGAAGAACCAGCUCCAACUUUGCAAGCUGAGGAAUCCAACAAGGAUGAACCGAAACCACGGAGGGAGCGCAAGGCCACGGUGGUGCACACAUGUCCCCGACCACCGGGCGGCUACAAGUACUCCAUGGAGUUUCUCUACGGGAUCGGCAGCGGAAUGGCAGGCAUUACGCUCAAUAUACCGACGCCUUCAUCGAUAACGCCGCGAACGGUGAGAACCACUGUUCCCCUGCUAACCACCCAUAUGCCCCUGUUAACUACGGUGGGCGUGGCAUCGCCACGAUCCGCAGCUGGCUGCAGUUCGUCGGGAAUUCGUUAUGUCGGUGCGACGGGAACGGCUGGAGGAUCAGGAGCAGUAGCAUCCUCAGCAGUGACUCCACCGGCAACGGGAGCCGAAGGAGUGGCCCAGUUCAUCUACCAGGGUUACCUGCCAACGGGACCCCAGCGACGCCUGUGGCACACGGAAAACGCCGUCUGGCAGUUCGAUCGGAACUAUCCCUACAAUCAGGCAUAUUCCUCGCAAUACGGCAUACCCAUGAUGCCGGUGGGCUUUGAGCAUCCCUACGGCCAGCGGAUCAUAUAUCCGGGCUACUACAAUCAGGCCACGGGCGGAUUACAUGCCGCUACGGUCCCGGGAAUGCAGCGAACCAGUCGCCAUGUCGCCCAGCAGCAGCAGCAGCAGCCACAUGUGAUGGCCCAACCGACGGCAGCAUCAGUGGUGAGUGGCGAAGCUGGCGAGGAAGCCCCUCCGAGCCUGGGAAAUGCUCCGCAGGUGAGCAGCCCCUGGCGCUACGGAAGACCGGGAUCACACCGCGAUCGCCUGGGAUCGGGCAGACAGGGAGGAGUGCCCACGGCGGCGGGUUCAACGGUAUUCCACAGGGAUUCCAAGACCUUCUACAACAGCAUCACCGGCGGAAUGGGCGGAGGACCGCGAUUCAAGGCGCCCUUUGUGGCUACUACUGCCCGUGGCUAUCAAGGAGGAACAGGAGCAGGAGCAGCCGGAGGACCAACAACUGUAGUUGCUACAACAGGAGCAGCCAGCGAGCAGAAUAAUCGAAGCAAUCAAGCGGCUGCUUCGACCAACAACAACUAUUCCAGAAAUCGUCACAAUUCCAAGAGGGGCGGAAAGAAUUCGGUGGGCAAGGAACAGACCUCGAACUCCUCGGGAUCCCUGUCAAAUUCCUCCUCGAAAUCCCAACUGGAUAAACCUCCCAGUUCGAGUACCUCGAUUUCACCAAACAAGCAUCCCAAUCGCACCUACAGAAACCGAAUGCGCUACAAUUCCAUAGAGGAGCAGAAAACCGUGACAAUAGCAGCGCCACCUAUCGGUAGUAACUACCAACCGCCACAACAGCCACAAAAUACUGGACGUAGGGCUGCCAAGUUCCAGGGAGCAAAUGCCUAUCAAGGAUCGCGUUUCUAUCAAUCCCGACACAUGGAUGGAUAUGUCUACCAACCGGGACACUACAUGGUCUAUGCACCCGGAACACCAGGAGUUUUGGGAGCAGCAGGAGUAGGAGGAGGAGGAGCAGUUCCAAUGCCGGGAGUAGCAGGGGGAGCUGGUGGAUUAGGAGGAGGAGCAGCAGCCACGGUCACGGCCAGCAGCGCCACCUCGGAGGGCGAGCAGCCGCUGGACUCGGACUUUGAUCAGCGCCAGGAAUAUGCUGACUUGGGUCUGGAUCCAGCCAAUGGCGGCUUCUCCUCCGACCUGGAGCCGCCCGGCUUCAAGCAGGACACCUCCGAACUGGACGCCCGCUCUUGUCUGCUGUCGCAUCCGAGUUCCGAGCCCGACGGCUUAAACGGCGAUGGCGACGAUGGCCACUCUUUGGCCAGCCUGGCUCCCAGUGUGGAGAGCGAUGCGACCGAGAGCGAGCUCAGCGAUGCCUCCGUGGAGUCGGUGGUGCGCAACAUAAUGGUCAGUUGCCUGGCCCUGGCCACCGGAGCCCAGGAGCCCGAUCUGAGUGGUCCGAAUCUGGUGCCCUACGGCGAUAUGCAUCAUCUCAGGGAGCUGGAGAGGAAGGGGCAACCUACCGGAGCGCCGACCAACGGGUACAGGUGCCACAUGCAGUCGCAUCAUCAUCCUUUCAGUCCCCGCGGAAUGAGCUGCUGCGGCGAUAUGUUGAGUCAAUGUCCGGACGAUUUGGUCUACAAACUGGAUCAGCUGCAGCAGGAUGGCCUUGAAAAUGGCAAGAGCCGCUUGAAGGAGAUUGCCGAGGAGCCCGACAACAUCUCGGUGGCCUCCAAUCUCUCCUGCAGUCCCUCCGCCUGCUCCAGCAGAAGUGCCAUGGCUCCCAAGGUCAAUAUCAUCAUGCCAGAAGAAGUAACCGAGGAAGAACUGCCCUUGGUGAUUCACAAUCGGUAUUGGCGCGAAUUCUUUGGUUAUACGCCAGCGGAUCGCUUCUUGCUCCGAGCCAAAAUGGUGGAAAUGAAGAGGCCACCGAAAACAGUGGCCAAUAGAAACAAGUGGGAGCCCUUGUCCAUUUCCAUCUGGCGGAAGUUCCUCGAGGCGCAGCAGACGCGUCAUGUUUACAAGACCAAGAUGCGACUGUGGCGCUCCAUUUACUCAAUGGCCAUGACAACAUAUCCAAGAUAUGGGCUUUACUUAGUAGGCUCCACCAUCUCGUACUUUGGUUCCAAGUGCUCGGACAUGGACAUUUGCAUGCUGGCCUGCACAAAUCCGAACAUGGAUCCGCGCAUGGAGGCCGUCUAUCACCUGCAACUGAUGAAGGAGCUGCUGAACCGCUCGAAUAUGUUCCAGGACUUUAAUCUAAUCGAGGCCCGGGUGCCCAUACUGCGAUUCACCGACCGACGGCACAAGGUGGAGGUGGACAUCAACUUUAAUAACUCCGUGGGAAUCAGGAACACCCAUCUCCUGUACUGCUAUUCCCAGCUGGAGUGGCGCGUGCGCCCGAUGGCCCUGACCGUCAAGCAGUGGGCCCAAUAUCACAACAUCAACAAUGCCAAGAACAUGACCAUUUCGAGCUAUUCGCUCAUGCUGAUGGUCAUUCACUACCUGCAGGUCGGCGCAAGUCCACCGGUACUUCCCUGCCUGCACAAGCUGUACCCGGAGAAGUUUGGACUCCUGCAGCCCAGCGACUUUGGGUACGUGGACAUGAACGAGGUGAUGGCGCCGUAUCAGUCGGAGAACACCCAGUCCCUGGGUGAGCUGUUGCUGGGUUUCCUGCACUAUUACAGUGGCUUCGAGUACGGAAAGUACGCCAUCUCGAUACGGGUGGGUGGUGUCCUGCCCGUGGAGGUUUGUCGGGCGGCCACGGCCCCCAAAAACGAUAUACACCAAUGGAACGAGCUGUGCAUCGAAGAGCCCUUCGAUCAGACGAAUACAGCACGGUCGGUGUACGAUUCGGAUACCUUUGAGCGCAUCAGAGCCAUCUUUAUGGCCAGCUGCCGGCGUCUGGAGUCGACAAGGAAUCUGAACUCUAUAUUCGAGGGCUACGACGGACCCACAAUCCUGAUGCAACAGCCCUCGGUGGAUUCGGAGGGUGAUUUCUACGAGGGUCAGCAGCAGCUCCAACACCACCAUCCCCAUUUGCGGGCCAAUAGAGGCUCCUCCCGAUCCAAUAGCAAAGUGUCCUCGCCGAGAUCCUCAAAGCUAAUGGUGGACAAGGCAACGACAGCCAUUUGGAGUGACAUUAAUAGAAAACCCGAUACCAACCCAGCCAGCAGCUACAAUCAGUAUGAUACAAACGGUGAAAGAGCUGGCAAAAGAAACAAGAUCUCCAAGAAGAUGCCGUCCAAAAAGGACUCUGUGGCCACCGAGCCACCGCUUGCUUAAAAAAAAAACUAUCACCCUCUAUAGAAACCAAAACUAGAACCAAAAAAUACACAGCACA